AAGUACAUGGAGAUGCUGGAGGAUAAACUACAUAGCUGCAGGAGCCAGCUGCUCCAAAGAGUGUGGGAAGCUGACUUAGAGGCCUGUCAGCUGCUGAUCCAAGGGCUUCAACUGAAGGAAAGCAGUUGUGGUUUUGAAGAGGAGGAGAACCACAUGGAUGAGAUGGAGGUGACUGCUGAUGACCCAUCUGCUCCUGAAAAAAGAAAAGAUGCUCUUUUGCCAGAGGUCUUUCCCUGCCCCAAGCACACCGAGCUAGAAGAGGUUAUGGAAGGCAUUUCCUUUGGAGCAGAGGGUCAUUUAUCUGAGGAGUUCUUCAUCUUUUCUGCAAAGUUGGGGGAAAAAUGUGCAGCAAUAAGUGAGAAAUUGGUGCAACUGGAAGAUCAACUCCAAACGUCAAUCUGCAGAGUUGAUGAAGGAGUUAUUCAGGCUCUGCAGAGGGAGAUCCAGGUGGUGAAGGAGACGCUCCAGACCCUGCUGCUCCAACUUCAGCCAUCCAAGGAGGCAGGAGAAGAAAAAGCUGGAGACUUCCUCAGUGCCAGCUGGUGUCCAGGAAAACAAGACUUGAAGGAAUAAUGAGCAGAAAGAGCUGCUAGGAUGACAUUAAUUCACAAAGGGCUGCUUUUAGUAACUGAAUCCUGGUUUACCCAGCCUGGGGGAUCUCUGCUCUCCCUGCAUAACUAAUAACUAAAUCAAUUAUGGAGAAACAGAGCCUGGAGGUCUAUCAGCAGAAAUAUUCCACACAGCCUCACAGAGUUUUGGCACAGAUUGGGAAACAGCUUUCAGAGCAGCCCCUGUAAAUGUGGAGAUUACAAAUUGAUAUGUUUCAAAUUGAGUCUGCAAAGUUGCCUUUAAUGUCAAGGAAAUGUUCUCUUUGAAGACUUGUAAACAGGAUCUGUCUUCCUUACUCAUGGAUUUUUUUUUUCCCCCCCCUGAUUUAAAAAUGUAGUGUUAAAUCUGGAACAUCUAGUAUUUCUUGGAAAAUAACCCUAAGAAGAAUAUUAAGAACUUCUUUUUUUUUUUUUUCUCCUUUCCUUUGGCUUGAACAGCUUUCUUACACUGAAUAUAUUCUCACAUUCCUGCCAAUAAUUAAAUCAAUAGGGUGAAAUUCAAGCUAACCAAGUUCUUUCAACUGAAAUUGGAACCUCAUUUACUGAGUGGUAUUGAGCAAAGUGGAGGUGACUGACAGCAGCCUCUAUGCCAGUACUUUAAUUCUCUUCAUUUAGGCAUUAAUAUAAACUCACUUUAGAGUAUUGCAGAGGUUCUAAAGCACAAAAAAUUGACUAUGUUGGCAAUUUGUGUUCUUUAUAUUUAAAUAUUGUGUGAGCAAUGAGUCGUUUAAGUCUCCUUGUAAAGUUCUUCACUAUUACAGAGCUUUCCCCUUCCUUAUAAACCUCAGAAGGAAUGCAGAUUUUUUUUGCAGGAGACAGGUAUGUAGAUAUUUAUGCAUACUUAAACAUGGAUUUUUAUAGGAAAUCAAGUUCAACUGAAGCCAACUAAUGUCAGUGACCUACAUGGAGAUCAUUGUUCAAAACAGAUAAUGCCUUUAGGAAUUUAUUGUGUAAUCUUAACUCAGAGAGCAAUUUAGGUCUGAUAUCACACACAAUCCUCCUUCUGCCAUUUAUUGCAGGGGGUGAAUUAUAAAGAAAAAUCUCAUUUAUUUUUUAAAGUCAAUAGGUGAAGAAAAUGUCUUGUAACUCAGUAUUGUAGGUUUUUUAUACUGUUUUCCUGACAUUUAGAAAAUGAUUGGUUUUCUGCUACUUCAGGUACUCAUUUUAUAGCCACAUUCUGAAGGUUUUUGCAAAUUUUGAAAGUCAUUGGACUGCUAGCCCACUAAGCCUCUGUUCCUUUUCUUUGUGUGUUUUAAUACUAACAGGAACUUCUACCUCAAUGUUAAAUACAUAGGGAGGUGGG